GAUUUUACCCAUAAGUCAUUGCGGGAGUUUUUUCUACUUCCUCUUUCCGCCAUAUUGCAGAACCGGCAUCAUGGUGCGCAUGAACGUUCUCGCGGAUGCGCUCAAAAGCAUCAACAAUGCCGAGAAGCGUGGGAAACGCCAGGUCCUCAUCAGGCCGUGCUCGAAGGUCAUUGUGCGUUUCUUGACAGUCAUGAUGAAGCACGGUUACAUUGGUGAGUUUGAGAUCAUCGAUGAUCACAGAGCCGGGAAAAUCGUCGUCAAUCUCACUGGACGUCUGAAUAAGUGUGGUGUGAUCAGCCCCAGAUUCGACCUCCAGCUGAAGGACUUGGAGAAGUGGCAGAACAACCUUCUCCCCUCCAGGCAGUUUGGAUACAUCGUGCUGACCACCCUUUACGUUGUGUUUCUGUAGAUACAUCGUGCUGACCACCCUUUACGUUGUGCUUCUGUAGAUACAUCGUGCUGACCACCCUUUACGUUGUGUUUCUGUAGAUACAUCGUGCUGACCACCUUUUACGUUGUGUUUCUGUAGAUACAUCGUGCUGACCACCUCAGCUGGCAUCAUGGACCACGAAGAGGCCAGACGGAAA